AGCUGCUGUCGGACCAGCGCUGAGUGCUGGACGAGUGCGAGAGACGCUCGGGACGCUCGGUUCGUGGCCAGAACCGCUGAGGUUCGGAUGGUCCGCCAGCUGGACAAAGACCAGCCCGGCGACGCGUGAUAUGUGAUGUGGAUGGUGUCUGCGAGGCGACCGAGGUCCGCCCGCGAACCAGGGAGACGCAGCGGCUGGGGACAGCGCAUGAUACGGGUAGACUUGUGAUCCAAGGAGAGGCAGCGGCCGAGGAGGGCGUGUGACGCCGGCGGACUUGGUGCGCGGCCUAUGACGCCUGCGAUCCAACCAGGCUUCCGACGCUGUGUUUGAUCACAACAAACGACCUGUAACCCGAGCCUCGGUCUUUAGCGCGGACGGGCGGACUCGCACUCGCGCGCUGACGCGAGAGACGCGCUUUUACAGCCAUGCAGUACCCAUCCGAAGAGAAGGCGGAGGAGGAGUCCGGCUGCGGCCGCUCGGAGCCGUUCAGGCCCACCUGCUGGGACUUCAGCACGCCGUUCCUGUACGUGCUCUCUCUGGCCGCCAGCCUGAUGAGCAUCGUGCCGAUGGGCCGCGUCACCUUCAUCUGGCAGAACCGCGCCGGCCGGAGCAACUUCGCCAUCUGCCCGCUGUACGCGGCGGCGCGGGACCGCGACAGCUGGGGCCAGCACGACAGCAGCGCCUGCUACGUGGCCACGUUCGUGCCGGUGGCGCCGCUGGCCGUGGCGCUCUGCCUGUGCGUGUACACGCUGGCGGCGGUGGUGUACGCGGAGCGCAGCCGCCAGCGCCGCUCGGUCGCCGGCGACGUCACCACCUGCGUCACCACGCUGGUCACGUGCGCACUGUGCCUGGCGCAGGUCGGCAUCCUCACGGACGGCGUGCGCAACACCUGCUUCGGCUUCCAGGUGGAGGACUUCGAGUACGAGGGCAAGGUGCGCAUGAGCAGCUUCAACGAGGUACUCACCUGCCGCCAGGGGUUCGACACCAAGGACCGCGACCACAUGAUCACGGCGAUGGACACGUACGGCCAGCUGAUAACGGCCAUGGUCGGCUCCUGGAUCAACGCCAGCGUCUGGCUGCUGCUGCUGUUCGUGGCGUGCUCGCGAGCCUGCCACUGUCGUGGGUCCGACUCGGAAGAUCACCGUCUGGACUAG